UUUGACCAAGUCGACUUAGAUUUGGAGUGCGAUCCGAAUCCGAGUCAGGGCCCAAACCCGGAUUAUUUCAUUUCCCACCUGGGCAUCCCGCGCUGAGUCUCUGAAGGAGUAAUUUCAUCGAGCAUUUAGCGUGCAGAAAUCUAGAAUUGAAGGAAUCAUGAAAGGCAGCAAAGCUACAGUCUUAACUCUAGCCGAAAGAUGCAAGAAUAUACUGGCUUCAAAUUGGCAAGCUUACCUCAAUACCAUCAAAGCUGACGCCCAGGGAAGCAAGAAGGAAAUACACACUUCAAAAGUUAAAUACAUACUUAAGAAGGGGAAGCCAUAUAUCUGGGUACCUGAAAAGGAUAUGCAUAAUGUGAACACAAUCAUUGAUGAACGUGGUUCGUUGGCUGUCGCAUGUCCCUUUCCUGGCCCCCUAGCAAAUUUAUUCAGAUCAAUAAAGAAGUUACCAGCACAAACUGCUCUAACUGGGGAUGUCUGCCCUCUUAAAGAUGAAAAGGCUCAGUUGGCUAUGGAAAGUGUUAAAGAAGUCAUACAGUCUGAACAGAGAGUGAUGAAUGAGUCCACUUAUACAGUUUCCGGAGUAUUAAAUUCUUCUAAUAUUAUUAGUACAUCUCGAUGUGAAAGCCUUAAGGAGCUACUUGAUGGAGGUGAAAAAUAUUGUGUUUAUAGGUUUAAUAUAAGGUCGUGUACGUUUGUUGAUGGCUAUGGACGCACUCAUGAAGUGGAAUUGGAAGAUUUGGAGAUGUCUAAAGUAGACCCCUUGGCACCAUUUUCUGCGAAGCUAAUUGAUGGCGUUAAUCGAAGUGAGGCGAGGCGUAGAGCCCUUAUACUUUUUUGUUUGAUAUACCUGAAUGCAAAUGCAAGAGAUGCAAUUAUGUUUUCUAUUGAUCGCAAGGGAUUUUAUGUGCUGGGGAAGGUUCGUAGUCCAGUCAUAAAGGAUGGCCAAAGUGAAUACCAGUGGAAGGAAUUCAGGUUUACAUUCAAGGAAGAGGCAAGUGAUAUUGAAACUUUUUGUCAUCAACUUGUAGAAAUGGAGGAGGAAGCUGUGAAGAAGGUUUCAAGCUACAGCGGUUUAACAUGAGAGUAUAUACAACCAGUGGAAAGAUUCAGUUCACUUUUAAGAAACAAACUAGUUAUGAUCCUGCAACCUUUUAUUUAUUUAUUUAUUAUUAUUAUUUUUUAAUCUUAAACACAGCUAUGGAUGCGAAUUUCAAGGGUGUUUUAUAUGAGAACUAUAGCAACCACUAUCCACCAUUGUGUGAUAUAAGAUAUGAUGUUUUUGCUGAUCAAAUGGUUGCCAAAAAUUGUUAGAAAAUAAUAGUAAUUGUCAAACUCUGGUUUCUGAAGUUAACUGCUGAUAAUGUGUUUUAUGCAAACACAACACUCCAUUCUUAUUCCUAAA